GCGUGUUCGUGUUAUUUCCGGCUCAUGUAAAAGUUGGGAAGUGGUUAACGAGUGGAGUAAGAGUGGUUUAAUGUUUUAUGUAGAUUUAACUAACCGGUUCUCUUGAACCAAAGUAGCAUUGGGGAUUAGGAGCCCGCUGUUGAAUAGAAGACGCUUUGUUACUCUGUAUCGGACUCUAGACGAGUAUUUCAUGAUGGACACUUACACAGUACUAAAGGUUAUUGGAGAAGGUUCAUUUGGUAGAGCUCUUUUGGUCCAAGCACACAAUGAUAGUCAGCACUAUGUAAUGAAGGAAAUUCAUCUUUCAAAGAAUCCCUCUGGCCUACAAAGAUCAAGAAGAGAAGCCAUACUCCUUGCUAAAAUGAAGCACCCCAAUAUUGUUGCAUUCGUAGACUCAUUUGAAGCUGAUGGGCACCUUUAUAUCGUGAUGGAGUAUUGUGAUGGUGGCGAUCUCACGCAAAAACUUCUGCAACAAAAGGAAAAAUUAUUUCCAGAAGAAAUGGUGCUGAGCCUAUUUGUACAAAUUUGUCUUGGAAUGAAGCACAUACAUGACAAACGAGUUCUACACCGAGAUAUCAAAUCCAAGAACAUAUUCCUCACUAAAAAUGGAGUGGUGAAACUGGGAGAUUUUGGAUCUGCACAUCUACUGAACAGUCCCAUGGCUUUUGCUCACACCUAUGUAGGAACGCCUUACUACGUAUCUCCAGAAAUUUGGGAGAAUAAGCCAUACAAUAACAAAAGUGAUAUUUGGGCCUUGGGCUGUGUCUUGUACGAGCUCUGCACGCUACGGCAUCCUUUCCAGUCCAAUAGUUGGAAGAAUCUCAUCCUGAAAAUCUGCAAAGGGACCUACACUCCAAUUCCAAGGCACUACUCCUAUGAACUUCAAUAUAUCAUAAAACAAAUGUUCAAAAGAAAUCCAAAGGAUCGUCCCUCUGUCAGCACUAUUCUUGCUAGGAAUUGCUUUGCCAAGCUUAUUAGCAAGUUUUUAUCGCCUGAGAUGGUAAAGAAGGAGUUUUGUGAAGUAAAAACCAAAAAGAAGAAAGCAGCACAAGAUAAACCCAGGACAAUGCAGAAAGCCAGUGUACCAAGCAAAUAUGAAGAUGUCUCCUCCAGCGCAGGUGAAAGUGAAUAUAUGAAAACUACAGAGGCAUCCGCAGAUAUUAGAAAGUGGAACCCAGCAGAAGGAGAAAGCAUUGCCAAGGGCCUAGCUCAAAAAACAUUGGAAGAAACAGCUUCUCAAAUGGAAGUAACACCAAAAGGGGACCACGUGAUAAUCCAAAGUGGCAAAGCCUCCAACGUGCUCAGUCGAAAGCAAUGGAAUGAAUUUCCUCCAGAUACAGUGUUAAACAUACUUGAAAAUGCAAAACUGACAUCCAACAUGGCUGUUGAGGAUGUUAGCAUCGGUAAUCAUGUGACAGUUUAUCAUAAGAAUAAUCCUCGAAAACAAUGGAGCCAACACCCACCUGAAACAGUACUGAAUUUCUUAAAGAAUAUUAACUCGAAUUUGGCUUUUAAGACCUACACAAUAGAUAAAGGAGCAUCAGGAACCUAUCUCAUUGGUCCACUAUCAGCUACCAUUGGAAAGACUGAUAAUGUUGAUGGUGAAAUGGAAACAAUUGAGUUGGAUCCAGAGAGGUCGGAGCCAAGAUCUGACGAUGAAGACACAGACUUUGAAGAAGCAGAUGAGCCAGAUUGGGUGGAUGAAUUGAAGAAGCUCCUGGAGAAUAAUCUUGAAAGUGCUGUUCUAACUCAAUAAGUAAAAUACUGAAAAUAAAGAUUUGUUUUCUUUUGUGUUCUUUUAGUCAUUAAAUGUACCUUGUUUGCCA